AUGGAAAAACAGACACACUUUCGGCGAUACACCAUUGGUAGUUCCGAUCGCGGUAUACUGGAUCCUGAAAGUCAGCGCGUGGGAAGGAAACGAUCUCUUGUUAGAAGAGAACGUUCCGUCCGUUACAAAGAAGGAGGGCAGCUCAAGAGAGCGUCAUCACUUCGCUCGCUUGAUCCUCUCUCCGACACAAGAUCUCUGCGCAGGUCUUCACUCACGCAUUCCUUCACAGUGGACACAUUGUCGCGACAGAAUGUGGAUGGACUUCUCCAGGACCUAGAGAAAAAAAACAGGGGUACGCCUUUCGCACCUUCCAGUGAUGUUCUGACAGCAGUGGCAGAGGGUUCGGAAGACCAUGCCUCAGACGCAAUUGCUUACGAGCCUGACCUAUCGAGGAACGCGCUACCUCAAUUCAAACAUUUAGAAAGAGACCCUACAAUCACUUCGUACUGGAAAAUGUACUGCUAUGCCAUGACAUUUUGGGCUCCGCGGCCGUUACUAUGCUUUUUUGGUUUCAAAACCAAGGAGCGACAAUAUGCUUGGAGAGAGAAAAUUGCUCUGAUAUCCAUUAUUCUGUGCACUGGCUCCAUUAUUGCUUUCCUCACCUUUGGCUUUACGAGGACCACUUGCAGUGGCCUACGAACGAGACUUAGACCCUCUGAUAUUACCACCGGAUACUUGGUCGUCAAUGGGCGCGCAUACGCUUUAGACCGCUCGUCCCACCCAGCAGCAGUGGGCAUAGAGGCCGCAAGCAACAUUAUGUACCCUCCGGUCAGUGCAGGAGGUAUGGACGCAACGUUUUUGUUCCAAAACGUUAAUGGUAAUUGCAAAGGACUGAUUGUUCCAAAAAAAAAUUGCACCAUUCCCCACACAGACACCGAACUGGCAUGGUACAUGCCAUGCAAACUGUUUAACAUUGAUGGUUCCAGCAAGCCUAAUUUCUCUCAAACGCACUACAACGGGUAUGCUUGCCACACCUCUGCAAAGUCAAGACAAAGUUUUUACAGACUAGAUAUUCAAGGGGAUGUCUAUUAUACAUGGGAUUCCAUAACAAGAGGCUCACGAAACCUUGUUGUUUACAAAGGGUAUGUUUUGGACAUGGGCCUUUUGGAUUGGUUACAAAAAGAUGACUUGGAUUAUCCAGAAUUAUUCGAUAAGCUUAAAAAUGAUCCUACCAUGAAAGGACAUGACUUAUCUUUACUUCUGACGGAGCCACACGAGCGACAGGCUGCCAACUGUUUGAUUGAAAUAUUGAAAGUUGGUGUUGUAGACGUCGACACCAUCGGCUGUAUCGCUGCUACGAUAGUGCUAUAUGUCUCGCUGGUAUUUGUUUUGUCAAUUGUGGUUGCAAAAUUCAUCGUGGCCUGCUAUUUCAAAUGGUGCGUGGCUAGGAAACAAGGAGCCUCAGUAACCUCUAUCAAAAAAGCUACACAACGAGAUCGCUCUAUCGAAGAGUGGGUCGACGAUCCCAACUCUGCCGCUCCUAUUUCUACCAUUUCAAUUAAACGAAGAGACAACUAUCAUGCAAACGGGAUGAGAAGUAAGAACCUAAAACUUUCUUGGGAAAAAGAUGUAUCAGGGCUUAUUGAAGAUGAUUCGAAGGCUGUCUCAAUCCAGGAAUAUCGCCCUAAAUAUCUUACGAUGACUACUGAGGCCUUCAUUCUCACCAGCCGCGCGAAGAGAGGCAGGGUGCAGCCGAAACUGACAUUCCACGAGUGCUGGGGCGGGGACUCUUCAACCCAGAAGAGUCCGUUCUUGGGAACCGAAGAUAGCGAAAUUCACACACUGGGACUUGAUUUGGUAGCACCUGAUGCUAUUUGCCAACCUCCCAUCAGCUGGGAACCUUUUGGUUAUCCUCUGGUUCAUACCAUGUGCCUUGUUACGUGCUAUUCCGAGGACGAAGAAGGGAUAAGGACCACUUUAGACUCUCUAGCUACGACAGACUAUCCCAAUUCGCACAAGCUCAUUGUCGUUAUUUGCGAUGGAAUCAUAACUGGAGCAGGGAAUGAUCGAUCAACGCCAGAUAUCUGUUUAGAUCUAAUGACUGGUUUUGUUGUUCCGAAAGAAGAUGUCAAGCCUUACUCUUACGUGUCGGUUGCCCAAGGUUCGAAACGACACAAUAUGGCAAAAGUCUACUCUGGAUUCUAUAAAUACUAUGACGCAACGGUACCACCCGAAAAACAGCAGAAGAAUCCUAUUCUACUAGUUGUGAAGUGUGGAACACCUUCAGAAGCAAAUAGCGCGAAACCUGGCAACCGUGGAAAGAGAGACUCGCAAAUCAUACUGAUGUCUUUCCUCCAAAAGGUCACUUUCAACGAUCGAAUGACUGAGCUGGAGUUUGAGAUGAUGCGGGCGAUAUGGCAAGUCACCGGACUGAUGGCCAAUUGGUACGAGAUUGUAUUGAUGGUCGAUGCAGAUACGCUGGUUUAUACUGACUCACUCACCCACAUGAAUGCAGAAAUGGUCAAGAAUCCAGACGUCAUGGGACUAUGCGGAGAGACAAAGAUAUCGAACAAAGCCCAGUCUUGGGUCACUGCAAUCCAGGUUUUUGAAUAUUAUAUUUCCCAUCAUCAAUCCAAAGCAUUCGAGUCUGUUUUUGGUACUGUGACAUGUCUUCCGGGCUGCUUUUGCAUGUAUCGAAUCAAAACACCCAAGGAUCUUAACGUAUGGGUUCCCAUACUGGCAAAUUCCGACAUUGUCGAGAAGUACUCCGAGAAUGUUCUCGACAGUCUCCACAAGAAGAACCUUCUUCUACUGGGUGAAGACAGGUACCUUUCUUCGUUAAUGCUUCGCACAUUUCCUAGACGAAAACAGGUGUUUGUUCCAAAAGCAGCAUGCAAAACUGUUGUUCCAGACAAAUUCAGCGUUCUUCUUUCUCAGCGAAGAAGAUGGAUUAACUCGACGGUUCACAACCUGAUGGAGUUGGUGCUCGUGAAAGAUCUUUGUGGAACAUUUUGUUUCUCAAUGAAUUUCAUCAUCGCAGUGGAGCUUGUUGGAACUUUGGUUCUACCUGCUUCCAUCACGUUCACGCUUUAUAUCAUCGUGAUUUCCCUAGUUACCACACCAACUCCCGUUUUGUCGUUGAUCCUUAUGGCUAUUAUCUUUGGAUUACCGGGGUUGCUAAUCAUUGUUACAAUUUCGGACUUGACAUACAUAUUGUGGAUGUUUGUGUACUUUCUCUCCCUACCCAUAUGGAAUUUUGUGCUCCCUGCUUACGCAUUCUGGAAGUUUGAUGACUUCAGCUGGGGAGACACGAGAAAACUGCAAGGAGGUGACAAGGGAGUCCAUGAUAACAAGGAUGGUGAAUUUGAUGGGUCAUCGAUUGUCCAAAUGACAUGGAGAGAUUACGAGCGCGUAAGACUAGGUUUGGGAGCUAAACACACCAUCCCCACAGUUUACAACCCGACCAGCCUACAGAGUACCUUCCAAGAACAAACUCCAUCAGAUUUGCUGCUGGCUGAAGAUUCAACAUCGUGUUUGCGAGAAACAUCUCGUGAUCCGACCACUCAAACUUAUUCGUCCUACAAAACCGCGCCUUCGAAUUCAUGA